UUGAUGCACGUCCUUUCAUUAUUAACUGGAUACAAACACUGUUGGUGCUGGAUGGCUACAUGGUCACUGAGAAAGAAAGAUUAAAGGCAGAGUGGUUGUACAGCCAGGGCAAGGGGCGACAUUUUCGUUCAGGGCAGCAUUCAGAUAUUGUGGAAUACCUGUCCUCAAUCUGUCCCUUGACCACAUCUGACCAACUCGAGUCACAAGAAGAUGCCAAGUUAAGCCAAAUUCUUACCAAGCAAAGGCAACACAGGGACCAACUGCAUCAAAGUAGUGUGCUCGAGUAUGCUCAUCUGAGCACAUCUCGGCAUAAAACCACACCCCCUGAGCAGCAAACUAAAACAAGUGUUUCCUUCUCUUUACAAGAACAGAGUCAGUCUUUUGGGAACAGCAAGGAAUUCGCAGGUGUCAGCAAAUCUAAUUUUCCAGUCGGUAGAGCCGAGAGCCCAAAGCAUGGGGUAGAUAGGACUCCUCUUCAAGCUUGGAACAGUUCCAAUGAAAAAAGUGUAUUACUAGGACCUCAGAAAGGAGCCAAUGCUGGGGGACAUCAGGAGAGAUGGUUCUUACAAGAUGUCACUAUAGAUGCAGAUGAUGCCAAGAGUCAAACUAGUCUGCUGGAUUCAGAAUCAACGUACUUACCUCUAGAAAUUGCCUCCACCCCAAACAGACCAAUGACGGCCCCGGCUGUGUCUAGUUCUGCCCCCCUUAAUAACUAUCCAUUUUACAUGCAGACUGACAAUAGGCCUGCAACGUCAGCGGAAACUCGCUAUGAAGUGUAUGACCGUCGACCAAUUAAACCUCUUAAUACUGAUGUGUUCAAGGGAAUUAAACAUAGUUUUCAAGUGUCGCCACCUACGCAAUCCGGAAAUGAGCCGGCUUUAGGAACGAAAAAGAAAACGCCUCCAACGGCACAGGCACAUGACUAUGACACAAGUCAGGAAGUGUCGCAAAUUGAACAAAUUUUAAAUCCGCCUCCAAAGGAAAAUAUCCCAGUGGAGGAUAUAUCAAAGAUUAAGGAUAUUUCACAGGAUCGCAAGUCCUCUACCAGGCGGAGUGCUUCUCAGAGAACAGAACGCAAAUCGGCGCAAAGUAAAAAAGACAAUGUGGAUCGCAGUAGUAUACCAGUGUCUAGUAAAAAUAGUGCCCCUAUUUCACGUACGCAGUCAGACUACACCAAAGGGCGAUAUGCCCCUCGCAAAUAUUCAGAACCUAGUGAUAAAGUUUCUUCUAGAACAAGAAGGACGGAUUCUAAGUCCAAGGGAAAUCGAGAUUCUGGAGUGUUUUCCAGACCCAGUAGUGAUGCCAUCCUAGACACAGACCACAGGGCAGCAACUUUAAUACAAGCAACAUGGCGAGGAUUCUGGGCUCGGGAGCACAACCCAGAAGUUGUGUCAGUACGCAAGGAGAUCCGAGCUCGCCGCGCAGAGGAUCACAUAGUGGUGCUUAGGUCUGAGCUAGAUAGGCAGAGGAAGUUGUAUGAUGAAGAACGACAUUUGAGAGGACUACAAAUGGAAGCCAUCCGCUGUUUGUGGAAGGAAGUUCAAUCCCUCCAAAGCUGGAAGUCCGAGGUCCUCAACUCCCAACAGUUCAGAAACACUAUGGAUUCUAGUCACCAUGACGAUAGUUAUAACUACAGUCAGGAGAUCCAGAAUACCCUCGAGAGGGUAGACGGUCGUCGUGGUGACAGUGGGAGGAUGGGGUCAUUGUCCUCGGUGGAGGAGGAGAGACAGAGGGAGUUAGAGAGGACCUGUGCUAGUCUGCAGAAUCAGGUGGCACAGCUCUCUCAGGCUCUACAGUCAGUUUCUAGUGUUGUGUUCCAAAGUGGCAUUAUGACAGCAGGCAUGGACUCCAUCAAUAAUGAUGCAGAACAGACAUUGUUAGUCACAGGGUAUGAGGAGGAUGAAAGCUCCAGUUGUGAAGAGACCAGUUAUACUGGUUCUAGAUGGGCAACAGUCCCCCAUUCCCUCUCUCCCUACCCUUCAGAGGAGGAGGAACAGUACUUUUACUCCUUCCCUCAGUUAGGCUGCCCCACUCCUCCCAGAAACCUGCAUAUGGAUCACAAGGGAGAAAACUCCAUUGUCCUGUCCUGGGGUCCCUCUAAAAUCUUAGACUCUUCAUAUAAAGAAGUCAAUAAACCACUUCUUGGAUACAGAGUAUAUGUGGAUGACAAACCAGUAGCCAUGAUUAAUGGUUUGGCUGCCCUUGUCCAUGGCCUCAACCCUGAGUUAACAUACAAGAUAUAUGUGAAGGCCGUGUCCUCUCUUGGAGAGUCCAACUCCUCAGACAUUUUGAUGGCUGCCCUGUCCCAAGCCACACGUAAACGUGCCUCUAGUACAGACAGUAACAGAACAGACAGUGAUCACGAUUCUACAGAAAGUUCAGACAUUGCACGUCGACGGAAGGACAAUCAUCAGCGACAGAAACGGAGAAUUAAAUCUCCUCGCCAAGACAAGAGACAGUCGAGUAGAAAAGGAUCCAGUGCAAGUGAUCAAGACAGACCUUCUUCUAGGUCAGAGAAAUCAAAGUCAGUUAACAGCACAGAGGGUGUAUUCAAACAGCCAAAAAUUCACAUGAGACCAAGAAGUAGGGAAUCAACUCUGCAUGCAGAGGCUCAGUGUUCGGAAUCUGCCCAAAGCCUGCCACAACCAAGUGAGUCAAAAAGGUCACCUCAGCCAGGAAGUCAGAGCAAAGGACCAUCUACCUCGCAAUUGUCAGAGACUUUUACUGUUGAGUCAUCAGAGUCCCUACUGAUGGCCAUCACAAGAGCUCAAAGUAGCCUUGGGAUGCAGGAAUCAAAUGAACAGUCAGUGAAAACCCAUAGAAGAAAACGUAGCAAAGACUUAAAAGCAUCUGACUUACAAGAUGAGGAUGUAAAUCAGAAUCAAGCAAGUCCAAGUGCAGGAAGUGUUAGUUCACAUUCUUAUAAUAUUGUAGAACAGCUCUCCAAAAUUUCAAGUGACAAAGACAAUGUGAAUAAGAGUGAGGAUAUUCCUAGAGAAAAAACACAAACACACCGGAGAACUAGGAGUAAAGACUAUGAGUGGAGGAAAGAUAUAGAUGUGUCUGGUCACACCAAGGAACCGGAGAGGAGAGAAGUGAAGAAGGCUUGGGUGAAGGACUCUCCCACUGGUGAAGUACAUGGAAUUCCUAUCAUUGAUGCUAGUAAAAGACAUUCUUCAGGUAGCAGACCGAGUAGCCCUGCACCUUCAGAUGCUUCAGAGAAGUCGGAAAAGAAGAGGACAGUGGCAGAACUUCUGGAGAAAUUCUCAAGCAAGAGCAGUGCAAAUUUUGGUACUAAUUCAUUAGGGACAGAAGGCAGUGAUCAACAUGCUGGUUUGCCUCCUAGGUCACGAAGGACAAAUAGCAAUGAAGACGUGAGUGAAAGUAGGAGAACUCCUACCAAAAACAUGUCUCCAUCUGGCAAUGAAAGGCGAAGAACUCCGUCCAAUGGAUCAGAGAGUGAUGUGUCAGAAAUUUCUAGUUCCUCUGCUGCAAGGCAGCUAGACAUGGACAAGAAACCAGGAAACACAGGGAUAACUAAACUGUUACAGAAGCUUCAGAACUUUUCCAAAAGCCAAGAGGAAUCCAUUCAAAGUCGGGCCCAGAAAAUGAAGAAAAAAUCCACAUCGGAAAGCCCAGGAAUCGAGGAGGAGCAUCGUCGACCGAGGAGGAUAAGUGGGGGGAGUGAAGGGGAUUCAGUUUCAGAAAGGACAGUUCAUCAGAGCGAUAGUUCCUCCCAGUCAGAUGAUCCACAACUGAAUAGAAAACCUUAUAAGACCCACAAAAGAUCUGGCUCAGACCAGAAAGUGAAUGUCUCUCGGCACCGCCAAUCAUCUGCACCUUCCACCCCCUCGCAUCACUCUGCCCACAGUAGCCGUGGUAACCAGUUUGAUGACUACACACCAAGACCAGGGUCCAAUGUCAAACGCACUGCUUCAUUCCAUGGUGUGACUCCUUCACCCCAGAAGGAGGUUCAACCAAGAAGGAGUGGUUCAGAUGAAAACUUGUAUGAUAAAAUGCAACAACAGUCCACGGACAUGUUAAUGGCAGGAAUGUUUAAUAGAAAGCAAAAACAAGAAAAACAAAGUGGUGUAAAUGUUCAACAUAUUCCAAUUCUCUCUGGAGCCAAACUACAGAAACAGCAGAAACCACCUUGAUUAAGAAAAGAACAAUUGUCACUGUGUGAACUGAACACAUGAUCACUGAUAUAAGAUUUCAUUCAUGUGCCAUGGGUAGAAGCACUUGGCAAGCAAGGAGGUCAAACAUUCUCAGUCUUAUUACAAGGGCACACCUUGCUAAUGUGUUAAGAUGAACUGUGGGCCCAGCAGCCCAAUUUAAAAAAGACUAAUGGUUUGAAAUUUUUCUUAAACCUCAGAAUCUGAAGAUUGAAGGGAAAAAAGUUCUUAAAAGAUGCAUACACUUUCUGUUUCCUAAUCUUUGAAGUCAAAAUGCUUUAUACAUGUACAUUAUAAUAAAUAAAUGUGUGUAUAUUUUUGAAACAAGUGAAAGAAUUACUACACAAUGUUCUUGAAACAUUUUUUUGUAAUUAUUGUUUUGUGUUCAUUAUGUUUAAUUGUGUAAACAGAGCAGGAUUUUUUGACAUGAUUUGAUAUGCCUUCCUUUUAUGUGCUUUUUUUAUUUAUGAGUAUCUGCAAUUACAGUCAAACUUUGUCAUCUUGAACUCAAACUCAAUGGAACAAGAUAAAACUGAGAAAUGUCAGAAGAUUUGAGAUUUUAAGGUUAAAAUACAAAAAAAAAAAAAAAAAUUGGACUUCAAACUCAUUUGACAUAUCCACAGUAUUGCAGAUACCAACAUUGGGAAAACCAGUUCAGCUUUAUCAUAUUUAGCAAAAAUAGAUAAUUCUACAGUUCAAUUUGACGCUUUUAUCAUGUGAGUACAGAGAAUUAAUGUAUUGAAUUGUGAAGUUGGAAAUUCACAGUAAAAAAGCUUGAUACUAUCAGAGUAUGGAUGUUGGCCUGUACAAUAUUGUAUGGUGAUUACAGAUUCAGGAAAGUUAUCACUGCCUCUUAGUUGAUUUUUUUUAAUUUAAGAUUUUUUUCUUUUCUUUUUUUUUUUUGAAAUUGCUAGAAUGCAUUAUUGAGGGAAUGUCUCGCUUGCAUUAUUAUUUUAGGAUUGCAAUGACUAUAGUGUGCUUUCAAAGUAUUUUGUUUUUAUAAAUUUUAAUAAGCUUUUUAAGUAAUAUGUUUCAGUCAUUUUGUAUCAUAUAUUGUAUAUUAAGCACUAAUAUUGUAUGCUAUGUUUGAUCAACUGACGGUAUGUAAACAAAUAUUUUAGUUUAUAUAUUCAUAUACCAGUCUACUUUUUCAUAAACUUUGUCCCAAAUUUGUAAGUUCUUGUCAUUCAGACUUCUAUGUAAUUUUAUGUCACAAAUAACCAUUAAGGACACUAUACUAUCAAUGUUAUAUGAUUUAAAAGCCCAUUCUGUUAAGGCAACUUUACAAAAUGUUGAGUAACUAUUCCUCUGUGUGGUUAUUGUGAUAUAUUAAUUCUGUGAUAUCAAAAACUGUUCUGUUGUAAAACGAGUUUUGUGUAUCGUAUAUUUUCAUAUUUACAAAAAAUUAGGAACCUCUUUAUUUAAUGGAGUCAUGUUGGCAAGUAGGCUGCAUACUUUUCACAGAAAUUAUUAUUAUGCUAUUUUUGAAUUUGGAAAUAUACAUUUCCAUAAUUUUCUAUUAUUUGUUUCAAAUAUUUGUUAAUUGUUAUUUGCACAAAGCAAAUACAUAGGCAAGUUCCAUAACUGUUACUUGCGAAAUUAUUGACUUAAAGGAAGUCUGAUUUAAGAAAGCCAUUUUCAGAAUACUGUACAAUUAGCACAGUAAGGGCUAGAAACUAGCAGAAACAUUAUUUCAUCUUCCUUUCCAAAGUUGUUUAAAAAUAUUUUGAUAAGCAAAGUAUUAGUGUAAAUAACCAACACAACAGAAUUGUGUUUCUUUUGUGGAAAAAGUUCAAUAUUGUAUGUGAAUGUCUAGAUGUAUGAAAUGCAUUUAUUGAUGAUCUAUCUACGUACUGUGUAUGUCACUAUUUUGUCAAUUUCUGAUGAAACAAACGGAGAGUUUAUUACAUUGUACGCUUAACAAUAAAUAUACGAAAUUGGAAA